AUUUAUUCAAAAUGGCGACAAACUUGCUAGUCGAAGAAGAUGAGCGAUAUCGUAGAUUUGCCGCUUGAAAAUCGCCGCCUUGCUUUAUUAUUAGCUCGUGCAUUGCGGAGAGCAGAUGCAGACAGUUUUAUAACCGUUUAUGAUGAAAUCGUUCCGCACGAUUUGCCCCAUGCACAGAUUGAAGCCAUAAAAGAAACUGCAAGAGACUUAGCAGACCUCAGCCUUGAGGAAUUUAAUAAAAUGUAUGCCAGUUUGAACUCUAGUAAUGAGGCCGUGGUGGAAAGUGGACCUUGUAAUAGUGUGCUAAAUCAGGAUUAUUACAUCGAAGGGAACAAUGAAAGCGUAAAACACUGUACUCAAAGAGACAACAGUGACUCUGAUAGUGAGGAUACCGAUGAACUUGAUGACACUCUACUAGGUUAUCCUCCAUUUGGUCAUUCUCCAACAUUGCAGGAUGUUCUGAAACCUGCCGUAGGUUUGAUUAAUGAUAGCGCACCUUCCAGUAAAAGUAUCAAAUGCCCUCCAGCAGAGCCCAUCACAGAAACCAAUCUCAUUCAUCAAGUAGAACAAAAUGUAUGUGAGAAACUCGCACAUUAUAGUGAUGAGGACUUCAGACAUUCAGCAACAAGAAAUGAUAGUGAGGAAUUGGGAAACUCGGGUGAAGGUGAUGUUGCUGCUGAGGGGAAAAAGAAAAGAAAAAAGAGAAAGCGGAAAAAGAAAGGUAAAGAAGAAUUGCUGUCACCAGGGCUAGUUUCACCAGCAGAAUCGACAUCAUCAGAUCAAACUACUGGUACAACCACUACAAUUACAGUACCGAGACUCAAUCCCAAAAGUAAAAGUGUGUCAUUGGUGAAAGUCGAUCAACAAUUUGUAAUUGGUGUAAUUGUGCAUGGCAACCGCGUUGUGACAAGUGAAAUCAAAGAACAACCUCAGGAAAAAUCAGUCGGGAACAAACUGUAUAGGAAUUCUAACAAGGUGAACUGCAAAGAUUUAGUUUUAUCUCAGCCUGUUAAAACGCUUCCAAAAGACACUGCCAAACUAGCAACCAGCCAUGUUAUCAGUAAAUCUACAUGUAACAUUGCCAGUCAGAGUAGCAAGCAUAAAGUAGACAUGGCCAGUAUUGAAGAGUGUGCAUUCAAAGUACCUCACUUAGUGAAGAGUGCUGAUACUGGGAGCACAGCUGCAAAUAAAACUGAGAUUAAAAAGAUAAUCACUGAACCUAAACAGGAACAUGAAGAAACGAUAAAUGUGGUAGCUGCAAUACCUAAUUUAGAAGAAUGGUCAGCACAGCUAAAGAUGGACCUUGGAAUUACUGAUUACAUUACUGAACCGACCAGGGAGGACACCUUUGAGUUAGUUGAGAAUAAACGCAAGAAAAAGCAACAGAAAUUGCAAUCUGAUCAAACUGAGAACAAGACUGAUAAUCGUCAAAAAGUCAAAGGGUUUGGUUCUCGGUUCCGUGCUAAAGGAACACAUGUUGAAUUGAAAAAUAAACCUAAGGAGUACAGUGCUGCAUUUAUGCCUGUCAGUUGUCAGGGUGAUGAGCUGUUGUUGAAUGAUAACAAUGCUAUAAAGUCGCAGAACUGGCAGAAAUUUAAACCAAGAUUUAAUGAAUCCAGAGGUGAAGAAAAUGCAUUGAUGAACCCACCUUGUUCAAAGUUGCACAUAUCAAGAAGUUCGCCAAACCUGCCAUUAAAACAAUGUGAUAAGAUCUCUAUGGCAACUUGUAAUGGAUUAGUUAUCCCACAAAAUAUGAAGCAGAUGGCUACUGAGGACAAACCAGGGGCGUUGCAGUAUAUGAAAGAGCAACCAAGUAUAUCGAGGAGUGACAGCUUACCUGAAAUUGGAAUGCCUGAUGAAGACCUGCAGCUGAGUCCAGUUGCUCAGUCUAACUUCAAUGAUACCUAUGCAAGUCGCGUGAAGAAAAACUUGACACCUCCGGGACCUAAUAAUCAUCUGCCAAUCAUCGAGUGUGCUUCUGUGGUUUCCUCUACUGUUGGGACAAAACCGGCUGAUGGAAAUGCUGCUGUGACUGAGAACGCAUCUGAUACAAGUGCAAUUGAGUUUUUAUCGGCUAUCAAAUUUAAAACAGAGGAACUAAAUGCAGAGGAAAUAAAUGCAGACAAGACUGAUGGGCAGCCAUGUCUGACCCCGAAAUCAAAUUCAAAGCUGGGAAACAAUUUUACAGGAAAAUAUGUAAAACACAAAGGAAUACAGAUAUCUCCUUCUUGUGCCUUAGAUGAGGAUGAUUUAGGAAUAACCUUUGGUACUGUAGUCUUUAAAGGAGGCCACCUUGUAUUGGAUUCUGUGGAAGAAAAGAAAAAGUCAGUUGUUCAUCAUAGAGUUCAAUACGUUGAAGAUCAUCAGUGUGUAAAAAGCCAGGACUGCAAAAUUUACAACCAUAAGGAUGUUGUACGUUACUUAGAAAGAACCUGGAAAAUCACCUGCAGACAACUGACUGAAAAUCCUGUUAAAGUUGUGUGGUACAGUGAUGAAGACUGAGAAUGGAUUACCCACUACAAUUAUGUGGCUGGUUGCACACCUGGG